UUUCCCAAAGCCGCUGUGACUCAGCAAUGGACCUCAAGCGAGUGAAGGAUUACAUCUAUUGGCUGUAUUACCAGUAUCUCCUGAUCUCCUGCAGCUAUGUCCUGGAGCCCUGGGAACAAUCUAUGUUCCACACGAUCACGAUUACAGUGGUUGCAAUGGUGGUGUACACUGCUUACAUCUUCGUCCCCAUCCACGUCCGCCUGGCUUUUGAGUUCUUCUCACGGAUGUUUGGAAGCCAGCCUGAAAGUACUGUUUCGCUCAUGGACUGAACCUGCCGGCACG